CGGCAGCUUCUCCUGAACAACUCGCAGGGAGAAAAUCAAAACGAAAAUCAUAAAGAUGAACUUUCUGCUGUGUCAUAUAGUGAUAAAACCGAGGCAGCCUCUCCUGCACCCCAGACCAUCUGACCUGACUGGAGCUGGAUCAGCCAGGCAGACCCGGCCAGCGCACAGUGAUGCACAGACAGAGAAGCGGAUUGGCAGGCUGGUGAUGAGGCGAGUUUGUGUGCCAGAUUUGGACCAGAAGUUUUCUGACGUGGCCGAGAUCUUCAACGAACAGCACGAGCGCUAUGAGGCCAUGGUCCGACAUAUCAGGAACCUGCGUCAGAGCUGCGGGUGUAACUACAAUGAUACUCUGGCUUUAGACGAAUGUUUGGGGACCAUCAGAGCUGAGCAUGAGACCAGGUACAGGGUCUCCCUUAAGAUAAAGGGCUAUGACUUCACCCUCAAUGUGGUUCCUGUGAUUGAAGGUGAGGAGGAACCAAUGCCUCCACACCUGCAAUUGGCCAAGGAUGAAAUGAAGCGCACUUCUGAAGACGCCAAAGCCACCAUCUCAAAGGGUACCACACUUCAAGAGUUGAUUGGCUGGCUGCUCCGUAGCAAAGAUCAAAUGGCUGAGCAAGUGAAAGUGGCAGCGGUAACACACCAAGAGCAAGGAAGACUGCAUGAGAACCUGGAGGAGAACUUGAAGGAAGUGAGGAGGGCGAAGGAGUUGUCGCUGGGAUACAGACAACAAGCCGGGGAAGUUUUCACUGAGGCUGCACAGAUAGCAGGGGCUUAUCUGUAGUUUAUGCACUUAUUAUAUUCUCAAUUUGUAUCCACCAAUCACAAUACACGGGUACAGGAUUCAAAUAUUCACAGAGGUUAUGCACAAUUAUGCACACACAAAACGUCAUUUAAAUGUGCCAAGUAUUCUCUCUGCUUUGCCGGCCAUUGCAGCCUCUUGUAUGAUAAGACUUUCACUUAUGUCUUUGUUUUAAAUGUUUUGUUAACUUUUAAUAAAUAAAGCAGAUACUCACUUUAACAAUUAAACUAAAUUGUCUGUGCAAAGACAGUAUUUUCCUGGAUGGGUGUAAUCUUACCAGCUAACAUCAGGGGGCAUUGCAGACUUACUUAUUUUAGCAGUUGCCUUUAUAGUCAUAUUCUUCAGAUCAAGUCUGUUUUUCAGAAAUUACACUAUAUGGAUAAAGAAUCCCUAAAUAACAGAAUAAGGUAUCAAAAAAUGAAUCUCUUGGUAUUUUUUAAGAUUUUUUUUACCUUAUUAGACACUUACAUUUUCCACAAAUGUUGCCACAAGGAAAGAUUGUUAUAAUGUCUUCCCUAAUUCAAUAGAGAGCAGGAUGCAGUCAGGUCUCAGUCUUGAAUAGAAGCAAUGGUAAUUGGACCAGAGGUUUGUUGUGACUGUAGUGUUUUCGAGGGAGCAGAUUUGCUGAUUGUUGUCAACAAAAGCCCAUGCAUUUAUUAAUUGAUUAAAAACCACAGCUUUCCAUCUGCUAUUAAUGUGAAAGCAAACAAACACAUGGUCAUAUGCCAUCUUGAUAAUUAAUUUCGGAUAAUCCAUUGUUCCAGUGGUCAUGGUCAAGUGGUCAUGCAUUAUUUAUUCAACGAUUUAGAGUCCGGCUUAAGCGUUGAACUUUACAGAUUAAUGUGGCCUUAAAGUGUGCGAGAUGAA